CUCUCCAUCAUCCUCUUGCUCGACGUUCAUCAAACGUUUUCCGCUUCCUCAUCUAUCCUAGUAUUAUCCAACCUCAUUAUCCAGCUAUCGGCGACACCACGCUACCUACAACUACUUAUCAACAGGGGCCUUUGCUUCUGCCGUCACAUCUCGCUUUCCCGUCGCCAGAGAACAUUCCAUCAUGACGAAGCGCAUCUUGCUGCUGUGCUUUAUCCACGGCUUCAAGGGAGACGAUGACACCUUCCGCGAUUUCCCAAAGCACCUCAAAGAAACCGUCACGAGCAACCUCCUCGACCACCAUGUGGCGUCCGUCGUGUAUCCAAAGUACGAGACCAAAGGCGAGCUGGGCCAGACCACCGAAGCUUUUCUAGAAUGGUACGCAAACAAGAAAACAAAACAGGCGCUGUGGUGUCAACAACUGACGGUCAAUAGGCUCAAGGAGCGGGUGAUGGAACUUCGAAAGGAACAUCUGCAAGCACCAUGGCCUCCCACCGACCGGAAUGUCGGCGUGAUACUGGUCGCACAUUCAAUGGGCGGCUUUGUUGCAAGUGAUACCCUCUUCCGCAUCCUCGACGAACGCCGCCGCAACGCCGAAUACGAGAACCCGACCGGUCCCAUCUUCCCCAUGAUCCAAGGUAUCCUCGCCUUCGACACUCCCUACAAUGGUCUAGCCCGGUCCAUGUUCGUCUACGGCGCCUUCUCGAAUUACCAAAAGGUCUCCAACGUCUUCAACGUCAUGACGGCUCUCUCCGCCGCCGCCCCAGCUACACUCGCGAGUCUCGCCUCGAAACGCACAGCUGUGGCCGCUACCAAGGCCGUUUCCCGCAGCAUACCGGUUCCCCGGCGAUCGCACCCAGCGCUCAAGGCGUGGCAGCUGAUUGCUGUGCGUACAGGGACGGUCGGUGUCAUUGCCGCGGGUGGUGUGGCGGCCUUCAUGCACAGGAAACAGAUCCUCGAGGGCAUGCGCACGGUCAAGAACCUGAAGAAGGAGGACGUGGUCCAGGGAUAUCAGCAAAGCGUCGAUGCGCUCGGUCAGGGGCUGGCAUACAUCAACCGUGGCAAUGUCGGGCAGUCCUUUGCAUGGCUGUCUGAUCACUUUACCUUUGUCGGCGCUUUACUGAAACAAAACGAGCUGAACCGACGACUGGAAAGACUGGCCGCUGUGAAGGGAGUUGGAAUUAAGGACAUUUAUGCGUCGCUUGGAGAGAAUGGCUACUGGAGUGGUGGUUACUUUGUGCCUGAGCGGACAUUCUGUGCCAUACCCGGGGAGGGCCAGCCGUGCAAUGCGCUCUUCAGCAGGCAUGUCGUUCCCGAGGCCAAGGAUGAGAUCGAAGCACAUGUCAACCUCUUCAAGCCGGAGAAAAACAGGGGCUACGAACGGAUGACCAACGAAGCUGCCCAACUGGUUAUCACCUGGUUCAAGGACGAGACUGACAUAUGGGACGACCCCAAGUUCGCCGAGCCGGCCGAACCAGAGACUGUCGAGACGGAGGAGAUUGCCAAAGCGAUCGAUGAAGCAGACCAAGAGGCGAAGACUGCGGAGGAGAAGGUCAAGGAGGCCGAGAAGAAGGUGGGCGAAGAAGUCGACGAGGACGACUCAGGUGGGGAUGGCGUCCCCGACGAGUCGCCUAUCGACAUUGCCGCUGCCGCUUCGCUUGUGCCCCUGCCUGACGACCUCGAACACGCGGAGGAUGGCGACGGCACUGCAGACCCCGAUAAGAGAAAGGCCAUUAGCGAACAGAAGCAGGCCUACAUGCGACACUUAUUUGGCGUCGCUCAGCAGACAGGUACCAAUAUCCGGUCGUACCUGCCAUCCAAGCUACCUGAGAUGCCAGAGUGGGAGAUGCCCAAGGUUUCCAUGCCCAGCGUUAGUAUGCCGAGCAUGCCUGGCAUACCAAACAUACCGAGCAUUGGGAAAUACAGUCUCUGGGGUUCCAAGAAGUCAGAGACGUCCCAGUCUUCGGAGACAGAGGUCAAGCCGGACACUAGCACCGACAAGACUGAGACCGCGGAUGCCAAGUCGGAGAUAGAGACACCAGACACUGCGGCUGACAAGAUCUCUGCACCCAAGGCGGAGACGGCCGAUGCUUCUGGGAGUGCUUGAUGGGAGACAACAAAGAAACGUGUUGGUGAUGAUAGGAGAUUGCCGUCUGGUAGGUGUGUACGGUAGAAGUAUGCAGAUGUCGUUGUCCUG